AUGGCGAUGACACAGCUGUUCCGGCUGGUUGUCAGUGGGCCGACAGUCCGCGCGCACAGGAGGUACAGCAAGGUGCGCGAGCAUGUGAUUUCAGCAGGAUAGGAACUUGAAGCUAACGUUAGCAGCCGGUUACUAAGUCCUCUGUCAGUGUCAGACCUGCAGCUGUCCGUGUGGACUCUUUCCUCUGUGUUUAACCUGAAGACUUCAACAUAUUUACUUCAUUUAAAUUUAUCUAAAAUAUCUGCUAAUUGUUCCACUGAAGAAUAUGCUUUACCCUGCUUUUACAGUUACAUUUUUUUAUUAUAAACUGUAAUAUGUUUUGAAAAUAAGGACUCAACUAUAGCCUCCACCUUUCCUCUCUGCUGUCUUUCCCUCUCUCAUGUUUGGGAUCUUUUGUAGGAGACGAGAGCAAAAAAACUGGGUUAGGUUCAUGAAUGUUUGAAUAAUGAGUGUAAAUUGGGGGUAAAAUAUAUCUGAAGAUAUGUCAGACAGAUUUGGAAGAUUGUAAUAUAUCACUUAAAUAAAAUAAGAUGUUUAAUAGCAAUGCAUAUGCAGCCAAAGAGCUGAGGGAAAUGAGGACUCAACUAUAGCCUCCACCUUUUCUCCUUGCUGUCGUUCCCUCUCAGUGUGAUUGUUUGGCUCUUUUGUUGGAGAAGAGAGCAAAAAAACUGGGUUAGGUUCAUGAAUGUUUAAUGAAUAUUAAGUGUAAAUUGGGGGUAAAAUAUAUCUGAAGAUAGGUCAGGCAGGUUUGGAUGAUUGUAAUGUAAAACUAAUUUGGAUAUCAAUACUAUCACUAAAAUAAAAUAAGAUGUUUGAUAGCAUCUUCCCUCAGAUGAUACUGAAGUCUCACACCACCUUAUCAUAGUCAGGCAGAUCAAUAUGGAUCCAGUUUUGUCAUGUUAAUUCCAAACAGCCAUUGCACAUUUUACUGCUUUUGUAGAGUUUAGGUGUUGAUGAAUCACACUUUUUUUUUCCCUGUAGAGAUUUUUGUGUAAUACUUUUGUUUUAAAUCAUUCACUAUCUCUCUGUCUCGCCGCAGGUCUGUCCAGCUGAGCGACUGCGAGUGUUCGAGUCCCUCUGGGAAAGGAGGGCCAAUAGAAAAAGAGCUAAGGCUGCAGAAACACCUCUCAGUAUCCGACUGGCUGACGGCCGAACUGUAACAGGAACAGCUGGUGUUACUACACCCCUCUUUGUUGCACAGAGCGUCCGGUAAAUAUGUAAUGUAUAUGUGUAUUCUUAUUUCACUAGUUUGCUCUUCAGUAAUACGAUAAAGGUUUUUCAUUGCAGAGUGAAAGGAGCACUGGUCAGUACAGUGAAUGGGGAGUUGUGGGAGCUUGGACGGCCUUUAGAAACAGACUGUGAACUGCAACUUCUCGGGUUUGAAACACUCGAGGGAAAGCAGGUAAUUUCACGUAUACAGUGCUUUUUUUUUCUCCAAUACAUCUGAAAUGUGCUGUUGGUGAAUGUGAUUUCUAUAUUCACAUAGUUUCACAUGGUGGCAGGGAAUUGUGGUUUUGUUCCCAGUCACAAUAAAUUGACUUCAGCCAACAGCACUCUAAAGUUUUUGUUGAAUUGUUGGAAGUAGUAUAUGGCCAAGGGCUGCAUGAUGGAAAUAAACAUGGGCCACUCGCUCACAGGACACUCAGGUUUAAUCUGUUGGCCUCAACAACACCAAAAAGUUGGCAGUAAUAUACGAAAGGUAGAAUUCAAACUAAGAUGAUUUUUUUUAUCAUCCUUAGCAAUACUUCAGUAUUAAGAGAUUUUUUCAUUUCCUGUGGUUUAAACAAUCACAGGUACCUGGUCAACAUAAAGACUUCCAACAACUGUUUAAAAAAAACCUAGAUAUUUAUUUUAAACCUACCUUCUGCUAUUGUCUCUGUUUUUAGGCAGCAUGGAGAACAGGAGCGUGUGUCCUGGGUGCAGUGUUGGAGAAAGAAUUUGGUGCCAAAGUGUACAGAGAGGGAGCGUCAGAGCAUGGGCUUUACUGCGACCACCUACUGGACAACAGGUGAGAGCUUCAUGUAAUUUGAUUCUGACACAGGAAAGUGUAUUCAACAAACAACCAACAUUUUUACCCCAGAGUGUAAAAAAAUACCUCAGGUUCAUCUGCUUCUGAUUUAUCCCAACGUGUCCUCCGCACACAGCUCCCUGCCUCUGAGUGAUGUAGAGGACAGAUGUAAACAGGCUGCAGCCCUCAAACUUCCUCUGUAUGGACUAGAGCUGAAUACAGAUGAAGUCCGGGAACUCUUCCAGGUCAGCAGUAACAGUGUCUCUGUUAUAACAAUACACUCAUGGUUGUGUCUGAAAUCAUUCAUUCAGUCACUAUUACCCCAAUCCCCAUUCAUGAAUUCUGUGUCGAGGACAGUACGGUGUGAUAGCCCAAAUGAUUGAUUGUGGAAUCUUAUUAAAGUGAAUUUGCUGCAUUUGUUGUUAUUAUUAAAACUGUGCUGUGCCUCUUGCUGAUAUUUUCUAGUGUCCCAUUGUUAUUUUAUUGAGCUAAAGACAAUUCUCAUUAUCCUGAUGUCCAUUUUAAAAUAUUCUUUGUUUUGAUUAUUGUCAAACUUUUAGGAUAGUACGCUACGACUGCAGCUUCUGGAGGAGCAGAUGAAUGGCCCAACAGCCACAGUAUACAGGCAUGUAUUAAGACACGCACUAAUCUGAUGCUGUUUUCCUCCAACGUCUGACACGAUGAUUUAAUCAGUGUGAUCUUUCUGAUGUGAUCUAGGUGUGGGGACAGUAUUUCAGUCUGCAGUGGCCCUCUCCUCCCACACACCGGCCUCCUCAAGGUCUUCAAGAUGCUCCAGGUGUGUAUGUGUGUGUGGGGGGGGAUUUUUUCUUUCUCAUUGCUUUUUUUCUGCACAACUUCUCCAGAAAUGUGUGGUGUUUGUUUACUUUCUGUUUACAAAUUGGUUGAUAGCCUCUUGAAAGCCAAACUGUGAUUUAUACCUCUUAUGUUUUUGUGUGUUUGCCUUCUCAGCCUCUUUACAGACAAUUUGAAAAGACAUUUAAACGGUACUACUUAAUAGCAAAGAGAGAUGUGGGGUUAAGUUCAUCUUAUCACUACAAGUAUGUUCUAUUUGGACACAUUUGUUAUCUUCCACCCUAAUGGGUACAUGCUGGGUAAAUGGAAAUUCCCUCGUUUCGAUCCAGCCAGAGAGAUGAGCUUCCAUACUGGGCUGUCAAUGGGCAGACUGGGAUUCCAUGGCAGCCAGGCUGGAAAUAUCAGCAGCAGGAUGUUGUGUUUGUCAGAGGCCAGAUUCCUGUUCUCAGCCUUUACAAACACACUGCCAUCCAUCAGUCGUACUGCUGUCACCCCUUCCUCUUCUGGCCUCACUCUCCCUUUCUCUUCCUCCACCUCUUUGUGUGCUCAUUAUUAUUCUCUCUGUCCCUUGUCUCCCCCCACUUAUCUUCUGUUACAUCCUAGCUGUCUGCAGUGACCCUGACCAAUCAGACAGAGUCCUCGGGUUUAGCGCGUCUUCUUGGUGUGGCCUUUCCCGGAGAGAAGGACAAGGAGGUGUGGGAGAGGGAGCAAGAGGAGGCUAGGAGGAGGGACCACAGACGAAUAGGGACGGUAAGACAAAGAGGUGCCUAAAAUAAAAUCAGAUAAAAAAAAAAAAACAGUCUGUUAAAGGUGUGUUUUGUGGUCUUAAAUGUGUACGUGGGUUUUCCAGGAUCAGGAGCUGUUCUUCUUUAAUGAUGUGAGCCCGGGCAGCUGCUUUUUCCUGCCCAAAGGAGCCCACAUUUACAACACCCUCACUGACUUCAUCAAGGUAAAAAAACAUACAAACACUUAAUGCACCUUCACUGAUAUGGGCCACCAAUAAUCACUCCAUCUACUCUGUGCUGGAUGUAAUGUUUUCAUAAUCUCAAACUUUGAGUGAUAUAGAACAGUCAUCAGUCCGGAAAUGAAGCUAAUGAGAAAGUCUGAAACCUCUAUAGCUGUGGGUCCCUCGUUUGGUGUACCUGGAUAUCACUGGACCUCUGAGUUUACGAGACUUGUACAUUAAUGAUGCCAACAGCAUAUUACAGAUUACAACUUCAUAAUAACUAGCGAUACUCCACCUGCCUCCUAUCUUUAUUUCUUUUUGCCAGUGUGGUAAACUUAAGUGUCAUUCAGCCAAUUAUGCAAAGUUACAAUAAGUAACUGGUGACACAGGGGAGAGUUGCUGUUUUGCCAUUAGAACAUUAACAGUGAUAUCAGCUGUGUGACAUACACAGUAAACCGAACCAAAACACCAUCGCACCAUUUGAAAGUCAAAUUUAAGGCUUUAUGAGACCUUGACGAAUGAAAUGAAACUUAAGACGUCAAAAGCAUGAAACCGCCUUUGAUAGAGGAUAGGUCUGUAUUUGUCACACCAUAAAGUCAUUUAGAAGCAUGAUCCACAUCCCAUAGCUGGGCCCAACUCCACUACUCUCUUUGUUCCUAUUGUAAGAGCUCAUCAAACUUCAAGUUAAAGUUAGGCCCAUUGAUUGGCAGAGAGAUUGAUGAUGAUGCUCAGAUUUAUCUACUUGGUACUUACUGGACAUUCAAAGCAGGUUACUGUCAAUAAAAUUCAGAAUCCUCAUUAUGAGGAGGUUUUCUUAACUUUAUAAUAAGAAUAAGAGAGACAGAAUUUCACUUUUUUUUUUUAACUUUUUGUGUUAUUCAGAAUAACUAUAUACUUUGCAGUUGCUGUUUCCAGAACUUAAUCAAAUCCUGUAAAUGAGCCAUGUUCAUCGAUAUGUCUGCACCUCUUGGGUGAAAAUGAGUUUCAAUGUAAAACAUCAUACUUUAAUAAUUUAAAACAUAUACAUCAUGUUAUACUAUGGCUGUAUAUUGUUCUAGCAAUAAACUCUUCAAAUUGAAUACCUGUGUGAAAUUUCCAAUAAAUUAAAGAGAAUUUAUAACCCUAUGUUUCCAGAUUUGGAUUAAAUAUAUUUUUAAGGAUCAACAGGAACCCUUUAAAACUUUACAACCCAGUAGUUUUUACUUGAAUUUGCCAACCCUGGUACUAUUUCCACAGUUAGUCUUAAUUAGUUGUCAAUUUUAAGACUACAGCAUCCACUUAAAAUAAACUAAAACCUCAUAAUCCAGUUAAGCUCUGCUUCUGUGUCUGAAUUAACUGAACUCCAGUUCAUUAUGUUUGCUGCACAUUUGAACUGAGCUCCAUUCAUGAUGUUAUAAAUAUAAUAUCGCCUAGCAUCAGUCACACACACAAACUUGUGUAUGAAUUUACACACCAACUCAUGUUCUUUGUAAAUUGCAUCCUGAGGGUGGGCAUGUCUCGAUCAGCUGUCAGGAUAUUGCUCUCGUUAGCUUUCAAUUAUUGUUCUGUUGUGACAGUCUGACCCCGCCCUGCCCUGUUUGUCACUCAUAUCCUUCCUUCCUGACGUCUCGCAGAGUGAAUACCGAAGGCGAGGCUUCACUGAGGUUGUGACCCCGACUCUGUACAGCACCGCGUUAUGGGAGCGCUCGGGCCACUGGGAGCACUACAGUGAGAACAUGUUCACUGUGACAUCAGAGGGCGCUCAGACCUACGCUCUCAAACCCAUGAACUGUCCUGCGCACUGGUAAACACACACACUGCAGUACACACACUAACAUUCCUGUCUUGUCCUGUGUGUCUUCGAUAGACUAAACAGUGCCUCAGUCUCCUCUGUUGUGUUCAGUCUCAUGUUUGAGCAGCGUGUUCGCUCGUGGAAGGAGCUCCCCCUGCGAUGGGCCGACUUUGGGGCGCUGCAUCGUAAUGAGCUCUCUGGAGCGCUGGGAGGCCUCACCCGUGUGAGAAGGUUCUGUCAGGAUGAUGCCCACAUCUUCUGCACACCUGAGCAGGUACACAAACCACAUGCCAGCAUUCGAACAUAGCUGUGUUUUCAGCCUUUCCUUCUCUACCCUCCUGCAUACCUCUGACGGUGCUGUAAGUGGGGUAUGAACUGUGAAUGGGACACAUGUGGAACCAUAUUACAGUGAUUAGAUGGGCUGUUCAAAUAACUCCUGAGACAUUCCAGGAGGCCUCAGCCUGCAUGAAUGAAGGUCUUUGUCUUGUUCAAACAUUACACCUCCGUAUGUGCAUCUCUGUGGCUCCACAGUCUCUGUAAUCCAGAGUGCCUACCUACGACCUCUCCUCUCCUCUCCCUCCUUCUGUGAACUUCCUGUUUCAAUCUAGAUCAAAGUCACAUGAAAAUCAUCACUCCAUUUAAAAUACUGAUUAAAUCUUCAGAGAGUACUGUAAAUACAUUUGUAGGUAACUUUGUAUUUUCCCACCCCAGCUGGAAUUUAAACCCCCUCUGUGGGUUUCUUAUUGACAUUAUUUUGUCCCCUUGUUUCUCUUGGCUUCAGCUGUUUUUCAUCCUGUCUUUCCAGCUGCAAGAUGAGAUUGUGGCGUGUUUGGACUUUGUGAGGCGCGUCUAUCAAGUGUUUGGUUUUUCCUUCCAAUGCCUCCUGUCCACACGUCCCACACCAUGUCUUGGGGAGCCUGAGCAGUGGGAUAAUGCUGAGCAGGUAAACCCACAAACACACACACACUGACACUCACACAUUACUGUAUGCUGGAGUCAAAGGCUCCUUAAUGCAUGCACCCAGGCAUGAUUUAUUAAAGCCAUGGAAAAUCUUCUUUGUACCAAAUGAAAUGCUGUACUUAUGUCCACUUCAUCAGGCUGUUUCAUGAGCAGUACUUUAAAGCAGCAAUCUGCUUCUUGUCGGGCUGCUGGGCAGAUGUAUAUCUCUUAAUCCCAGCGGAAGCCUUUUCAAUAGCUGACACGGCGGCAAUUUAAACUGAUUCAAUCGACUGUAAUUGAACAUUAUGUCUCCAAGCUCCCUCAACUCCCUCACUGGCACAAAAAGACUGACAUGACAGUUAUAAUGCACAUUAAAAUACUUACGUUAUCUAUAAUGCCUACCUAAUUAAUGCUGUGUGUAUGUGUGAUUGUGUGUGUGUGAGCAGCAGUUGGAAAGAGGUCUGCAGCAGUUUGGGGAACACUGGGAGGUGAAUCCAGGAGAUGGAGCUUUCUAUGGACCAAAGGUUAGUAGAAAAGGCGUUAUGAAAGUGAAGAAAACUGAUUUACACUCACAGGUGUACAGAGAGUUUAUUUAAGGAUAAUGUUUAAUGACAAGGUUUGUCUUGCCCUGCAGGGAUUCAGAUUUGCAGAACCACUUUUUCACCAAACAUUUUUACCCAGAUGCAAACUAAAGGCAUAAACAAGUUGACACAAAAUAUUGACCUAAAGGUGAUUCUAUUGAUUUGGUAAUUACCAUUACAUGCUAAAAAACUGGUCUCAUGUUAAGCCUCCAUGUUAUAAGUCUCUUUGUGGUACGUCGCAUUAAAUUGAAAAUUUCAAUCCACAGUGAAGAUAUGAUAUUAACCUGUUUAUUUGUUAUAAAUUACACCAAACUGAACUUUUCCAUUAGUGGUAACAUUCGAUUAGGUAAAUGAAACUUCUGCUGGACUUUUUAAACUGACGUUUCUCUCUACAUUCUGCUCCACUCUCUCUCUCUCUCUCUCUUUCUGGGCUCUGCAGUUGACACAUUUUAAACCUGAAUGUUUCAGGAGUCAGGAUUUAAAACACUGAUGCUGUUAUCAGUGGAGCUCAUGGUUAGAGGUACUUUGUAGAAGUUGUCAACGUAGAGAUGCUCUUGCCAGCUCUGCUGCCGUUGCCUGGAUUAAAAGACAGGAUGUUGCUCGACUCUUUGCUGGUUGGGGCCCUGUAGCUCCUCUGGCUGCUUUCACAUCCGUGCUGGUUAAUACUUAUUAUUUUCCUACUUUUAACUCACAAAUCUGCCUCAGGAGCAACAGGCAGUAGUUGUACGUGGUAUACUCUGUGGCGUGAUUUGAUGUGUACGAUCAGACUGACCCUGAAGUUGCUUUUGGUGUUGAAAAAUAAUUUAAUGUGAGGACUUUUGAUUAAUCAGAAUCAAAUAUAUACAUAACACCACUGCGGCAGGUUGAGCUUAUAGACCAACACAAAGUAACACUCAAGCUAUUUCCAAAAACUGUACCAAGACAGAAGGACAAAAGAGGAAAGCUGUUCUCCUUGUUUCACUCUGUAUGAUAAAUAAGUGAAGUGGCUGCCAGCUUCAGCUUCAAAGUAAACAGUCAGACAUGAGCUUGGUAUCAAAGUUCUCACCUUACUUUAAGGUGGAAAAACACAUCAGCAUGUUUUCAAGUAGAUAAACCAUUAAAAUGUUUCAUAUUUUUAACCAUCCACUAUCUUAUUCUCCAUCUUAUCUCAGGAAUUCCUCUGAAAUCCAUUUAUGAGUGUAACUUCACAGAUAAGAGAGCAACACAGAGCUCUUUGUUUUUUCUCUGGCUCUUAACAAAUACAUCUUUGAGCUCAAAGUGACACAGUUUUUCCUGCCCUAGACCGCAGGAGCAGUCAUAAAAAUAGCUGUUAUACUCGUGCUUUAUCAUGCUAAGGAGUGGCUCAACAUGAUGAUGACCUUAGUUUUCUUUGAGGUGAUAUAGUCAGUAAGCAUCAUGAGGAAGUCAGCGUCAGGCAGGCCUUACAUGAUCGAGCUCAUGUGGAUGUACAGAGAGUGGAGGUAGGUCAAAUUCAGGGUGGGGCGAGGCGCACUUUUAACAUGCACCAUGAAACAAACAAACAUUCCUCGCUGCCAUCGAGCCAGGGUGUGUAAGCCACAAUUAGCUGGAUCAGCUUCUCUUGUAAACACUACCCGGAGCAAUUCUGUCCACAAAAAUGCAGUUUGUCCCCCAGCAGUGUCUUUGGCGUCAGAGCUCUGAAUCACAUUUGUAGAUUUUGGCAGGAGGAGGGAGGUGAAGUCUCAUGUAACACACUCCUGCGUGGUUUUUUCAUAGAUUGACAUCCAGAUAAAAGACGCCAUUGGCAGACAACACCAGUGUGCCACGAUCCAGCUGGACUUCCAGCUGCCAAUCAGAUUUGACCUUCAGUAUGUUGGGUGAGUCAUAAAUUUCUGCUUUGGCUUUCAAUCACUUUCUCAUUCCUACAUCUGCAGUGAUUUAAAUCUGCAGAUUGGCACUUUAGCAACGUGUUCGCCUGUUCGAUCAACCUCCAUGCUUGCUUUGGAUGAUGAUCUAUAACCAUCAUGGAGAUGACAGAAGUCUAACUUUAUUAUGAACUGAUUUGAUCAUCAAAGCCUUGUCCUUUAGUUGAGUUUAUUAGUUUAGGUGAGGACACUCAGUCUCCAUGAUGUCAUGAAUCUGAUCUCUUUUCCAUGUGAGAUUUUGACCGUCAAACUCAGAACCAAGCAGAAAGGAUCAAAACUUGCAUCAUUAUUGAGCUAUUUUUAUAUCACAACAUUUAAAUGUGUCACACUGUGGUAGAUUUUCUGGGAAAGUAAUAAAGGAAUUGGUAAUUUUCCAUUAAAUAACAACAGAACCAAUUUUUCAUCAUCUCAAAGAUAUUAAAGGGUGGGGGGGUUCUGUGAUUAAGUAUUGGAACAUCUGAUCAUCUGACACUAUAACUGUCGGGUUGGAAGCAGCUCUAAUCUCUGACUCAUGGUGACUAACUCUUACCAUGUUUGUCAGUCAGUCUGUUGACAGUGGAGCUAAAAACAAAAACAGAAGAGAGGACGUGAUAAAAGCUACAAGACACAGGAGAAAAUAACGCCUUGUGUGCCAGUAUUGUUGAAAUUGUGAAAAAUCUUCUGUAUGAGGUUAGGUCAUUUAUUUUGGACAUCUGCACAUGAAUGAGUCUGGGACUGCGUUUGUAUGUGCCCAGCUGUUUUCAUUGACGGGCAUUUAACCCUCUCCGUUUACAAAAAAAAAUAAUAACUUGUGCACACCACUACGUUUUCGGAAAAGUUUUCGUUUACUCUAACCUGUGUAUAUAUGCCAUCAAGAGUAUAUCAUACGUUGGUGGCAGUGUUGCAAGAAGCUCAAGCCCAUGUUAACCAAUCAGAAUCCCGCAGAGCAACAACAACAGCAACGUCCCUUUCUUCUUUUCUGCACACAAUCUGCCAUCGGCUACCCAAAUCUCAGUUUUCCUCCAUUUUUCUCUGUUUAUAUGCAAAGGAGUUUUCCGAAAUCUCCACUAUAGCCAGAGUUUUAAAAAAGCGACCUGUUUUAGGGGCGAAUUCCCUGUUUGCGUCUGUAUGAAGGGUGCAAACGAUGGUUAAUGUCUCUGUUUAAAAAAGUAACCGGGUACGUCUAAACGGGGCCUGAGUGACAUAGAACUGAUUUCAUACUGAGAACAACAUCGGCAGCCAGCUGAACCUAACGUUUUGAACAGCAGUACGAGAAGGUUCAUAUCUAACAUGAGAUUUUGCACCUAAACCAAGAGAUUGUCAGGGUCUGAUGAGAGAUCCUCUGAAUAACUGAUCCCAUUUGACGAUCUCAUGAGACUAAAAAAAGAAAGUGGUCAGCAUUAUGUUUAUACUUGGGCCACCCACCAAGGUUUUGUCUGUGUAUGAGAGACGUUGGCUGUACACGGUGGAGAAAUAGUGCUGUGUUUUAAUACUGAGAUUGACAGCAAUGAGGGAGAAAACAUGUUUAAUGGUGAUUUAUUUUUACACGGAGUCGUUCUAUUCAGCUGUAUCAUCCCACACCCUAUAUUACCCCUUACUCCCCCAAACCAUCGCUCUGUUGAAACCUUUUAUUCAUCAACUUUUCUUAAACUCUAUCCCAGCCAUGAUGGGAAGCAGCACAGGCCAGUGAUGAUCCACAGAGCCGUGCUGGGAUCUCUGGAGAGAAUGAUCGCUAUACUGGCGGAAAACUUUGGAGGCAAAUGGUGAGAUGACGUUGAUCAUCGUGUAAAUCAUACAUUUGGAAAGACUGUAAAACCACCGACACUCGUCUUUGUUGUUCUUUCCCUCAGGCCACUGUGGCUGUCUCCAGCACAGAUCAUGGUCAUACCUGUAGGGGGCAACAGUGAGUCAUACGGCCAACAGGUCAGUCAGUGAUGAAGAUUUCCUCCCAUCAGCACACCAAGAGAACUUUCUGUCUGAUUGUAUUAAUGUGCUCAAAGCUCCACAGUUAUCAUUUUAAAGACAUGCCUGCUGUUCUUUUAAGGUGGUCCGACGGUUUCAUGAAGCUGGCUUUACGGCCGAUUUGAACAACGAUCAGGGAGCCACCUUAAAUAAGAAGAUCCGCUCUGCUCAGCUGGCUCAGUAUAACUACAUAUUUGGUAAGGAUGAAUAAUAGGAUGAAAACUGAAGCUGCACAUAAAAUAAAUCCUGAAAGCCUGCUGCUGCUGCUUUCUUCUUAAAGAAAUUCAAACUAUAGUAUGAUGUCUCUGAACUCUGAACCUGAUGGUGACUAAGACAUGUUUGAUUUCUGUGUGUUUUUCCAGUGGUGGGGGAUAAAGAGAGAGAGAGUGAGAUGGUUAGUGUAAGGACCAGAGGGGGUAAACAGCUGGGGAAAAGGCCGACAGAGGAGGUGCUGACGUCCCUAACACAGCUACGAGACUCCAGGAGCAACCUCGAAGAGUUUUAA